ACGCAAACCCUGCGAGUCUCUCCGAUUGAAAAGACACUAGUCCGCAGAAACUCUCUCAUCUUAGCGGGCGAAGAAGAAGAAAAUGGCAAGCGAAACCGCAAUAGAAGGCACCGCGACAGAGGCUACAGCUUCUGGCGCAGAGCAGCCGCAACAGCACAAGCUAGAGAGGAAGUGGACGUUCUGGUUUGAUAAUCAAUCCAAGCCUAAACAAGGUGCCGCCUGGGGCACCUCUCUCCGCAAGAUCUACACGUUCGAUACCGUCGAAGAAUUUUGGUGUUUGUAUGAUCAAAUAUUCAAGCCCAGCAAACUGCCCGGAAAUGCUGAUUUCCACUUAUUCAAAGCUGGAAUUGAACCCAAGUGGGAAGAUCCUGAGUGUGCUGGUGGAGGGAAAUGGUCUGUUACUUGUGGCAGGAAGGCUAUCCUUGAUACCAUGUGGCUGGAGACUUUGAUGGCUUUGAUUGGGGAACAAUUUGAUGAGGCUGAUGAGAUUUGUGGUGUGGUUGCAAGUGUGCGCCAAAGGCAGGAUAAACUUGCAUUGUGGACGAAGACAGCUACAAAUGAGGCUGCUCAGAUGGGCAUUGGCAAGAAGUGGAAAGAGAUCAUUGAUGUCACUGACAAGAUCACAUACAGCUUCCAUGAUGAUUCAAGAAGGGAAAGAUCUGCCAAAGGCCGAUAUAAUGUAUAAGCUCUCCUCAAUAGUUUUGCAGUAAAGCUUUUGUUUCGCAUGAUCAGAUAUGCAAUGAAAUUAAAGCGCGCUUCAAGGAAGAUUCCCUGAAUGGAUGUAUUUUAGUGCUUGUCUAAUUUUGUUAUUUGGCAAUUUUGAAGUUCUAUGGAAGUAUUUUAGCAUCUGGCAAUCUGUAUCAGAGAGACUAGAGACGAGGGCAGAUUGUUGCGUCUAAUACAUGUAGAAGAAAAUGUCUCAAUUCAUUUUAAUACUUGAUUUUCCGCAUCUACUAGAGGUUAAUUUUGGAUCACAUGGGUAGAUGUGCUAUUAUUAUUAUUUAUUUAUUCAGUUGGCUUCAUUUGAAUUCGAA